AUGGCUUACGUUCUAAACCAAGGUAUCCGCAGAUUUAUGCAGACUUCUGCGAGAAGAGCCGCGCAAAUAGAAGGCCCUUCUGCCGUAUCUGGAAUGCAUGAAGGCGGAUUCAAGGUUUGGAAAAAUCUAACUUUUUUCGUAGCCUUCCCCUCGAUUAUACUGUGUGCAGUGAAUUGUUACCUGUCUCAUCAAAGCGGUCACCACGAACGUCCCGAAUUUGUAAAAUACGAACAUAUGAGAAUAAGGACCAAACGUUUUCCAUGGGGAGAUGGAAACAAAUCUUUGUUUCACAACCCACACGCCAACCCCCUUCCCGAUGGCUACGAAGAGGAUGAGCACUAA